UGGAAGGUUCCGGACCCGAGCCCAUGGCGGAGACGGCGCCGGCGACGGCGCUGGACAUCGACGAGAUCCCCUUCGCCGACCUCCUCCUCCUCCUGCUCUCGCCGGAAGCGGCAGCAGCGGGCGACGACAGCGACACCGAUGGCCGGCGCCGCCGCCUCCUGGCCACCGUCUGGGCCGCGCUCGGCCCGGGCGGCGCCGGCCUGCUGGCCGUCGCGGGCGUCCCGCGCGCCGCCGCCCUCCGCCGCCGUCUCCUCCCCCUGGCCCGCCGCCUCGCCCUAAUGGACCACCCGUCCCGUGCCCACCUCCUCAAGAAGCACGGAUUGGGCAGCGACGUGCCUCUCAAGAAGCCCGACAGGUCCGUCUCCUCCUUGGCGCAGCUCCUAAGGUAUGAUUCAGGCAAGCUCCACUCCUCAGAGUUUAUGCGCGAAGCCACCGGAGACACCGAGAUCAGGCCUGGUUGUCCGGAGGAGGUACUGGAAGGUGCCGAUGGAUUUGGGGAGCACAAUGGUGAUGAUGAUGAUGAUGAUGAUGAUGAUGAUGAUGAUCAUGAUAUUGAGAACCUUGGUGAGCUUUUCAAGGAGCUGGGUCUGUGCAUGAUGGAGCUUGGCAUCUUGGUUGCGCGGGCUUGCGACAUUGUUAUCGGUGGGAAUCAGCUGGAGCAGAGCAUUACCGACUUUGGCAGCGCAAAGGCGAGGCUCAUCCACUACCACUCUGAGUUGGAUAACAGGAUUAUCAAGGAGAGGAGCAGCACAAAGAGGAGAAGCUUGGCAAACAAUGCAGCAGCAGCAGCAAGACGUUUAUCGGAUCACAUGGAUACAGGUCAAAUGUCAGGAUCAGAAGAUGGAUCCUGUAUCAAAUCAGCAGAAGAAAAUAGUUUGAUUUCUCUUGUCAACUUAUGGCAAGAGUGGCACUACGAUUACGGGGUGCUGACAGUCUUAACAGCGCCAUUAUUCUUGCGCUCUGCUCUCGGACAGGAAUGCCCGGCCAGCGAAGAAUGCUCUCUUCCUGACGGGCACUCACACCUGCAGCUCUUCAAUAAAAGGAGGAUAUUCUCAGUGAGAUGCUCCCAGGAGAGCUUCAUUGUUCAGGUUGGGGAGGCAGCAGGCAUCCUGUCAGGGGGGAAGCUGAGAUCCACGCUUCAUGCUGUGAGUAGACCAUUAGGCUUGCCAAACAUCAGCCGAGAGACUUUCGUGGUUUUCCUACAGCCGUCAUGGGACAAAACUCUACCUUUCUUGGGCUACUCUUCUGCCGAUGAAGAUGAUUCAAGUGAUCACAUGGAAUUGGCUUUCAGGGGUGAUGGACCAGCCGGGUCUUGUAGUGAACAUAUAUUGAUGCAAGGAAUUCUGAAGAAAAUCCCCCCGCUGUCGUCAAGGCUGAAAGAAGGCAUGACGUUUGCAGAGUUUUCUAGGCAGACAACGAAACGGUAUUAUGGUGGUGGGGGCAUCCAACAGAAGAGUUAACCAGAAGACGUAUGGUGAUGGAAAUGCAUCUCAUACAAACCGUAAUGAAUUACUGAGUCCUACACCGUAUGCUGAGAAUCCACCCUGUAAUUACUCCAUGUCACAGUAUGUACUCCCUCUGUAAACUAAUAUAAGAACAUUUAGAUCACUACUUUAGUAUUCUAAACGCUCUUAUAUUAGUUUACGGAGGGAGUACUUUUUAUCUUCAUUGAUGGAUUAUUUUCUUCUGCAGUUGUGAAGUCACAGUAUUUCGACCUCAAAAGUGCUGGUUUCCGAUAGUUUAAAGUUCUUGUGUUAGUAAGUUUAGCUUCCUAAACUGAUAUUGAUGAUAGAGAUGUAAAAAAUGCUUACUUGCUCAGUUGUAAAAAAUGUUAAA